UCCCACUCACCCGCAGAACCCAGGCUCUUGGACUCGGGUCCUUUCCCUUGGGAGCCGAAGCCAAAACCCGGCCAGUGGAUUCAGAGUUUGCUGGCCCGGGUGCCGGCGGAGCAUGCGUAGUGGCGUGAGCGCAGCACAUAGGCAGGCACGGUGAGGUAGCCGCAGAGCGGACUUGCUGGCGCUGGCAGGACAGUCUCGGCAGAUAUAAAGACCCAAAGGUAGUCUUUCCUGUUCAAAGAUGGAAAACAGCACCACAACCAUUUCGCGAGAGGAGCUGGAGGAACUACAAGAAGCGUUUAAUAAAAUCGAUAUUGACAACAGUGGAUAUGUCAGUGACUACGAGCUUCAGGACCUGUUCAAGGAAGCGAGCCUUCCCCUGCCUGGCUAUAAAGUACGCGAGAUCGUGGAGAAAAUUCUAGCCGUUGCUGACAACAACAAAGAUGGCAAAAUCAGUUUUGAAGAAUUUGUGUCACUAAUGCAAGAGUUAAAAAGCAAAGACGUCAGCAAAACGUUCCGAAAAAUAAUUAACAAGAGGGAAGGGAUUACUGCUAUUGGAGGCACUUCAUCCAUUUCCAGUGAGGGAACCCAGCAUUCUUAUUCAGAGGAAGAAAAGGUGGCCUUUGUUAACUGGAUAAACAAAGCCCUGGAGAAUGACCCUGACUGCCAGCAUCUCAUACCCAUGAACCCCAGCGAUGGCAGCCUUUUCAAAUCACUUGCGGAUGGCAUCCUUCUCUGCAAAAUGAUCAACUUAUCUGAACCAGAUACAAUUGACGAAAGAGCCAUUAAUAAGAAGAAGCUCACCCCUUUCACUGUUUCCGAAAAUUUAAACCUGGCCUUGAAUUCUGCCUCAGCCAUUGGUUGUACAGUGGUCAACAUUGGUGCACAGGAUCUGAAAGAAGGGAAACCUCACUUGGUGUUGGGACUUCUCUGGCAGAUCAUCAAAGUUGGUCUUUUUGCUGAUAUUGAGAUUUCCCGGAAUGAAGCUCUGAUUGCGUUGCUGCAUGAAGGUGAGGAACUAGAAGAGCUGAUGAAGCUUUCUCCAGAGGAGCUGCUGCUGCGAUGGGUGAACUACCACCUGACCAACGCAGGAUGGCAUCCCAUCAACAACUUCAGCCAAGACAUUAAGGAUUCAAGAGCUUAUUUUCAUCUGCUUAAUCAAAUUGCACCUAAAGGAGACCGGGAUGAUGGACCUGCCAUUGCCAUUGACCUUUCAGGAUUUAAUGAGAAAAAUGACCUGAAGCGUGCUGGACUCAUGCUUCAAGAAGCAGAUAAACUAGGCUGCAGGCAGUUUGUUACUCCUGCAGACGUGGUUUCGGGCAAUCCCAAACUUAAUUUAGCUUUUGUAGCUAAUCUGUUUAACACAUACCCAUGCCUACACAAGCCUGACAAUAACGACAUCGAUAUGAAUUUAUUGGAAGGAGAGAGCAAGGAAGAGAGGACAUUUCGGAACUGGAUGAAUUCCUUGGGGGUCAACCCAUACAUUAAUCAUUUGUACAGUGAUCUCGCAGAUGCUUUGGUGAUCUUCCAGCUCUAUGAAAUGAUCCGUGUGCCUGUCAACUGGAGCCACGUCAACAAACCUCCUUAUCCUGCUCUUGGAGGGAACAUGAAGAAGAUUGAAAACUGUAACUAUGCAGUAGAAUUGGGGAAGAAUGACGCCAAAUUUUCCUUGGUUGGCAUUGCUGGGCAGGACCUAAAUGAAGGGAAUUCAACGCUUACUCUGGCAUUGGUGUGGCAGCUGAUGAGAAGGUACACACUGAAUGUGUUAUCAGAUCUUGGAGAAGGUGAAAAAGUAAAUGAUGAAAUUAUUAUUAAAUGGGUCAAUCAGACUCUUAAAAGUGCAAACAAAAACACUUCUAUUUCCAGCUUCAAGGACAAAUCUAUUAGCACUAGUUUACCUGUCCUAGAUUUAAUAGAUGCCAUUGCACCUAAUGCAGUUCGUCAAGAAAUGAUCAAGAGAGAAGAGUUUUCUGAUGAGGACAAGCUGAACAAUGCUAAAUAUGCCAUUUCAGUUGCUCGAAAGAUUGGUGCCCGGAUAUAUGCCUUACCUGAUGACCUCGUAGAAGUGAAACCAAAGAUGGUUAUGACGGUGUUUGCAUGCUUGAUGGGAAAAGGACUGAACAGAUUAAAAUAAACAUUUAAUAUAAUUUUUCUGCCACAUUAAACACAGUGAAUGCCUC